AUGCAAACAGCCCUUCUGUGCCUGUGUCUGCUCAGCACAGUCCUCUCGGUGCCCGUGCCGCCGCUGCCCAGGAGAGCUGCCAGGAACUGCGUGGGACAACACCGGAUACUGCUGAAAGGCUGCAAUGCCAAGCAUGGCUUCUAUGUUUUCAAAUACGUCUACUCGUUUUCAACACGGAGGAACCAGACACAGAUAGAGAAGGAAGAGGCUGCCAGGCAGAGCACUGGCCCCAGCCACCAGCCAGGCAAGGACAAUGCCGCUCAGGGGCCGACAGAGGACAGAUCAGCCCUGGAGCGACAUGAUUAUGGUGGCACUGACAUGAUGGAGAACAGGACUGGCCUCAAGACUGAAAACCGUAGCAGUCCAGCUGUUGGUGAGGAUACCCAUGGUCCUCGCCCAGGCACCAGCACUCAGGCGCGUAGUGGCAUUAGUGUUGCGAGUCCCACCCCAGACAGCUCAGAGGGCAGUGGAGACCUGGAUUUGGUGGUUGAAGUCGACAGUGAUGUUUCCAUCCUCCCCCAGGGUGGACACACCAGUGGGACUAUGGCAGGAAACAGGUCUGGUAUCGGGAGUGGAGAUGGGGAUGACAGUGCCCUGAGGGAGGUCCCAGUGGAGAGGGCUAUGACAGCUGGGAGGGAGCGAGUCCCUGCCACUGGAGGGGCUGGGAAUGAGGGUAGUGGCAAGGCCACCAUCCCCAGCCACAGGCAGGAGGGUGCCAUGCAGGGUACAGUGAUGGAAAGGGCCACUCUUACCUCUGUCACUGAGAAGAUGGAUGAUGUUCAAGUUAAUGCCAAAGGUGUGGAUGAAUAUGCCUACAUUCCUGACUCAGGCAUUGUCACCAUCACCCAGGAAAAAGUGGGUAGCACUGCAGGGGGCACCAGCUUCACCCAAAUCUCUCCAGACACAGACAAUGAGGUCAACAUCUUCAUCGGGAGGGCCAACCUCCACAUGGGGGAACAAGAAACAACCCUGGCUGGUGCCACCGUUCGCAGCAAGGAUGACAGCAUCUCCACCAUGGGGACCAGCAGCCCCAUGCCCAGGCUGGGCAGCCCAAAGGCCCAGCCACCCCAGCCACCCCAACACAUUAGGAAGGACAGCCAUCCUACAGCAGACGAUGAGGAUGGUGCCACCAUUAUUGGUGAUGGAAAAGGACCGGUGGCCCCCAGACACUGGAGGGUUGCUGGUGGUGAUGUUACCAUCCCCACGGGAGCUGGUGGCCAUGGGGACAAUGACAAGGAGGUGAGAGGUGAGAGGCAGAGGUUCAGGGGGAGGCUGGGCCAUCCAGCUGUCACCACCCCCCACCAAGGGAGUGGUGAGGAGACUGCCGCUGCCAUCCCAGCGGGGAGUGCAACUGUGGCCUCCCCCGAGGAGAGUGAGAGGGACUGCACCACCACCCUUGGAACGACCAGUGACCACAAGGCAGGCAAGAGCACUGUGGCAGGGAGAGGGGGGAGCAGGGAAGUGGGGCCAGCCACCGCCCAGCCCCGUAGGGAGAGCCAGUCCAGUGCAGGAGCAAAGGUCUGGCCAGAGGGAGCUGGGCUGGAAAAGCCACCCAGCAUGGACAAAAUGCUGGCCUUGCAUGGGAAAGCUGGCAACCAGGCAUCGAGCAGGGCCCAGGGAAGUGCCAGUGGACAUGGCAAUGAUGCCAAGGGGAGGCUGCACACCACCAAAACAGGGGGCAGCCCCCGUCUGCAGGCAGGGGGAGCUGGGGGUGGCAUGGCAGUGGGUGAAGGCCAGGAGUGGGGCCGAGAUGGUGGGGCCAGGGUGGUGCCAGCUGGGGCUGGGAGUGGCCACCUCCCUGGGCACCGUGGCAGGAGGCUGGGGAGUGCAGCGCAGGGGGCAUUCACAGCACUGGGCCACAGCAGGCAGGUGGAUCAGGUGAAGCGUGCCAAUGAGCUCCAUGUCCGGGAGCAGGCCUUUUAUGCCCUCAGCAGGGUGGGGAAUGGCCCCAGUGGCCCCUAUGCUGCCCUUGGAAGUGCUGACAGCAGCCAGUCCUCUGAGGGGGAGCAGGGCAGCCACAGUGACAGCCGACAGAUGGGACUGCAGCCCUCUGGAUGGGGGGCCCCAGGGCACCUUCACAGCCACUGGAGCCAGGGGGCCCGCUGA